AGUCGAUAUCCAAGUGCUGUAUUCAGUUCUAUAAACUCCACAAUAACAUAACAAAUAUUCAAAUGGUCGAGCUGUGGUCAUAAGUCUCGGCGCAAUUUGUGAUCGGGGGUUGAUUUUAUUCAAGUAGUUAAAUUAGUGUGAUUAUUUGAUUUUUGGUUAUUUUUGAAUUGUUAUUAACCUAUUAGCCGCUAGAUGGAAAUAAAUGUCUAGUCAAAGGAUUCAAAUAUAUUUACGUACUUUACAAUUUUUGAAUAAAAAAAACUAUUGACGAUCGCUUAGUGUAGAUGUCGCGUAUAAAUAAAUUUGCCGUUUUUGAUAGUCGUAAAUACAUCAAAUGCAUUUGUGCGGGUUCUACAAAAGUCUUACAGUUACAGAUCCUAUUAAUUCAUUUUAAUUAUUUUUUGUUGUAAUAAUAAUCAUAAGUGUACGGAUGCUAGUGAUAUUCAUAAACAAAUCAUAAUUUAUUUAAAUAUGUCAGAUCAGCGUAGGUUUAAAAUUUCGCGUUUCGAUACUUUUGAAGAAGAUAGUUAUAAGUUUAGUGACUAUGAUGAAGAUCGCGUAAAAGACAAACUAUUACCUUCAAAUAAUGAUGUUGCUAGAAUAGUUCAAACUUUAGAAACAGGAGAUGGCACAGAAGAACAACAGUUUACCUCCGAGAAAGUAUCGGGGUACGAGACCAAUUUAUAUUUAUACUCCGAGGAAAUGGAGGACAGACCUCGAGUAUCAACUCUCAUCAGUUCCUUGGCCAAUUAUUCUAAUACUAUACCACCAGCUUCAAACGAUCCCGACGCGAGACCUGCAGGAGGUGGUGCACGUAUGGGUACCCUUAUAGGUGUUUAUUUACCCUGUAUUCAGAAUAUUUUUGGUGUAAUAUUAUUUAUUCGCUUGACGUGGGUUGUUGGUACAGCAGGUGCCUUACUAGGUUUCCUAAUAGUUUUAUGUUGUUGCUGUGUUACUAUGUUGACUGCCAUCUCGAUGUCUGCUAUCGCCACGAAUGGUGUGGUACCUGGAGGAGGUAGUUACUUCAUGAUAUCCAGAUCGAUUGGACCUGAGUUUGGUGGAGCCGUCGGUAUGCUUUUUUACACUGGCACUACCUUAGCCGGCGCUAUGUACAUUGUUGGAGCUGUCGAGAUUGUACUGUUGUACAUCACUGAUAAGUUGACAUUGUUUGGCAGUAUAACGGACGAUCAGGUUAAAUUCAAUAACUUCCGAAUUUACGGUACAGCUGUUUUAAUAUUGAUGGGGUUCAUAGUUUACCUUGGAGUAAAAUUUGUCAACAAAUUCGCAACAGUGGCUCUUGCAUGUGUACUUUUAUCUAUUUUGGCAGUUUACAUUGGAAUAUUUGUCAAUGUCAACGGAAACGACAAAUUACAUAUGUGUUGCUUGGGUAAUAGAUUACUAACAGUGGAUGAUCCUUUCACUGAUUGUAAUAAAAAUGUUUCUGGUGUCCUACACAAAAUCUUCUGUACGGGUGAUGAAACAAACUAUAACUGUGAUUCCUAUUAUGACCAGCAUAAUACUUCCAUCAUAAAAGGCAUAAGAGGAUUGUCAUCAACCGCUUUUUUCGAAAACAUUUACGACGGAUUUUUGGAACAAGGACAAUUCAUUUCGAAAGGUAAACUACCAGCUGAUUUGGAAGUUGUUGGUAGUGAUCACUAUAAUCAAAUAUAUGCUGAUAUUACCACUACUUUUACUAUUCUCAUUGGUAUCUUUUUCCCGUCUGUAACUGGUAUCAUGGCUGGUUCAAAUAGAUCUGGUGACCUCGCAGAUGCUCAGAAAUCUAUUCCUAUUGGAACCAUUGGUGCAAUUCUCACAACUUCCACAGUCUACUUGUCAUGCGUUCUUCUAUUUGCCGGAACGGUUGACAAUCUUUUACUACGAGAUAAAUUUGGUGCAUCAAUUGGUGGUAAAUUGGUAGUAGCGAACAUAGCGUGGCCUAAUCAAUGGGUAAUAUUGAUUGGUUCUGUCCUCUCUACACUAGGCGCUGGUCUACAGUCUUUGACUGGGGCUCCACGUCUUCUGCAAGCUAUCGCCAAAGAUGGUAUUGUCCCAUUUUUAGCACCUUUUGCCGUUUCUUCAAGUAAAGGCGAACCAACUAGAGCAUUACUUCUCACUUUACUUAUAUGCCAAGGAGGUAUUUUAUUAGGAAACGUAGACAUCUUAGCUCCAUUACUAUCAAUGUUCUUUUUAAUGUGUUAUGGAUUUGUUAACCUUGCUUGCGCCCUUCAAACGUUAUUGAGAACUCCAAACUGGAGACCAAGAUUCAAGUAUUAUCACUGGUCCUUAUCUUUCAUUGGUCUGUCCUUGUGCAUUGCUGUUAUGUUUAUGACAUCUUGGUACCUAGCUUUGCUAGCAAUGGGAAUGGCUGGAGUUAUCUACAAGUACAUAGAAUAUAGAGGGGCAGAGAAAGAAUGGGGAGAUGGUAUCAGAGGAUUGGCUUUAUCGGCAGCUAGGUUUUCUUUACUACGUUUGGAAGAGGGACCUCCACAUACAAAAAAUUGGAGACCGCAAAUUUUAAUUUUAGUAAAAUUGACUUCAGACUUUUUGCCAAAAUAUAAGAAAUUAUUUUCUUUUGCUGCUCAGCUCAAAGCUGGUAAAGGGUUAACAAUCUGCGCCUCAGUAAUAGGUGGCGAUUUUACAAGAUGUUAUGGUGAAGCUAUGGCUGCUAAGCAAAGCCUUAGCAAAACUAUGGAGGAAGAAAAAGUUAAAGGCUUUGCUGAAAUUUUAGUAGCUAGAGAUAUUACAGAAGGAUUGUCGGAUCUUGUUCAAACCGCAGGAUUAGGCGGGUUAAAGCCUAAUACCGUGAUACUCGGUUGGCCUUAUGGCUGGAGACAGUCGGAAGACGACAGGACUUGGCAAGUAUUUUUGGAAACAGUGCGAAAUAUAACAGCUGCAAGAAUGGCAUUACUUGUACCAAAAGGCAUUAAUUUCUUUCCUGACAGUACAGACAAGGUUAUAGGAAAUAUUGAUGUUUGGUGGAUAGUACAUGACGGAGGAUUGCUUAUGCUGUUACCUUUCUUGUUGAAACAACACAGAACCUGGAAGAAUUGCAAAAUGAGAAUAUUUACGGUUGCUCAAAUGGAAGACAAUUCCAUACAAAUGAAAAAGGAUUUGAAAACGUUCCUCUAUCAUCUCAGGAUUCAAGCCGAAGUUGAAGUAGUUGAAAUGAUGGAUCAUGAUAUAUCUGCUUAUACUUAUGAGAGAACUUUGAUGAUGGAACAACGUAAUCAAAUGUUGCGAGAACUUCGCUUGAACAAAAAAGAAAGCUUAGGAGUGGUGGAUCUGGCGGAUUUUAAUCUUUUGUCAGCGGAGGAGAAGAUACCUUUGGUCCAGUCCAUUGUAGAUCAACAUCAUCAAAAUGUUGACGCCAAAAUGCCAACCAAAGUACGUUUCCAAGAACCUGGCACCGAUGAGGACAACAAAAAUCAAGCUGAACCAACCAAUGAGCCUAAAAUUCAUAAUAAAGAGGAUUGUGAUAAUACCAAAGAAAAAGAAGACUCUUCUGAAAAGGAAAAAGAGUGUACCAACGAGCACAACCAUUCAAAUUCUAUAUCAGAGGAAAAUAACAAAUCUCCUAGAACCCCUGACGAAGGUAACGUUCGUCGGAUGCACACAGCUGUGCGUCUAAAUGAAGUGAUUGUAAAUAGAUCUCACGAUGCUCAAUUAGUCAUUUUGAAUUUGCCCGGACCUCCUAAAGAUACUAAAAUCGAAAGAGAAUCAAAUUAUAUGGAAUUUUUAGAGGUGUUAACAGAAGGAUUGGAAAGAGUAUUGAUGGUACGAGGUGGAGGCAGAGAAGUCAUAACAAUAUACUCGUAAUUUAUAUGUAAUUGCAAGUUUACGAAGUGAAACGUUCAUUUCAAAGCAAAUUUCAUUAUAUACAAAUGGAAUUAAAAAAACGUUCACUACCUAUUUGAAAGAAUCGAUGAUGUAAUGACGUAUGUUUAGUAUGUUCAAGAAUAGUGAUUACACCAAUUAAUUAUUAUUAAUGUCAUAGAUUAUUUAUAUAUAUAUAGAGUAUAUAUAUAUAUAUAUAUAUAUAUAUAUAUAUAUAUAUACUACAAAUAACUUAGCAGGCAUACUUACAACCACCUUUCUGCUGGGUACCGUGAUUCUUGAAACUAUUGUAAUAUUUAUAAAAUCAAAAGGCAACUUUUACUAAGUGCUCAUUUUCUUACGAGACAAUUAGCAAAUCAACGUGCAGUGUUAUUAGUCAUAUUUAGAUAAUAUGGAACUAGAUAAUAUGGAAAAAACACUCCCGACUGUAAUAUUACAAUUUACUUGUUCCAUUUCUUAGAACAUUUUCUAAUGUUUUCUCUCUAGACGAGAUCGAAUACUUACCAAAUCAAGUUUGUCAUGUUUUUGUUCCAAUAGCAAUUGAUCAUUUCUAAUAAUUCCUAUCUUUCUGAGGAAUUCAUUUCAUAUAACAGAUACAGUUAUAACUAGGCAGGCAGCUCUAUACAUGGUGUAGCCAAAUUCAAAAAUCAUAUAUAUAUAUAUAUAUAUAUAUAUAUAUAUAUAUAUAUAUAUAUAUAUAUAUAUAGGGUGUUCCAAAAUGAUCUUUACAACUUCAAAAAUUCAUAACUUCGAAAAUAAACAAGAUUAUAUUGUAUCUUUUGCAUGUAUUACUGCAACUAAUAAAGUUUUUUUAGUACACCAUUGGUGGCCCUAAGCACUUCCAAGUCUGUAAUCAAUUUCAAACCAGGUAACAUGUCGCCUGUGAUUGUACUAAAAGCUUGUGUAAUGCGGCGUUUCAAGUCAUCAAAGUCAUUAACCGGUGUCCGAUAAACAAUAACCCCACAAGAAGAAGUCGAGGGGUGUUAUGUCUGGAGACCUUGGUGGUCAUGGAAUUGGGCUAUUCCGUCCAAUCUAUCGGUUGGGAAAAGUUUCGUUGAGGUGUUCUCGAACUGCUGUCAACCAGUGUGGUGGUGCACCGUCCUGUUGGAAGUAAAUAAAAUCGUCUGUAAUUCCUAGGUAUAUCCAGGUACACGCAGCAAGUAACUGUGGUUUCUAUGAAGAAGAAAGGACCAAUGAUUUUGUUGUGCAUAAGCCCGCACCACACAUUAACUUUUGGGCUGUUUCGUUGAAACUCGACUACUGCAUGAGGGGUUUCAGAACAUGAAACACUGAAACACACCUUUUUCGAGAAAUCUUCAUCAUGCUCAAUACGUUGUAACAUGUCUACGGCAAAUUCUUACGUUUUCGUCGAUAUGUUGGUAACAGCGCCUGCAGCAACUGUACCUUAUAGGCAUACAGACGCAACUGUUUAUAAAGAACCCUGUGGAUUGUGGUUGUAGGUAAUUGGAGUUGCCUUGAAGCCUGAACAAUUGAAGUUUUCGGAUUGUGCUGGAAUGUUUGCCAUAUUCGCUUCACAUUUUUUGGAAUUGUGCUGGGUCGUCCGGCUCCACUUAUAACUAUUCAGCCUAUUAAAAAAAAGUUUAUUAGUUGCAGUAAUACAUGCAAAAGACAAAAUCAAAUAUCUUGUUUAUGUUCGAACUUAUGAAUUUUUGAAAGUGGUAAAGAUAAUUUUGGAACGCCCUGUAGUUUAAUACGUGCGACUAUUACAAUCUAUGUUUGUUGGAUAAGUUUAUGAUUUUUUAUUUUAUUCAAUAGCAUAACGUUUGAUAUUUUUAUUGCUUUUUAUCAAUUUUUCAACUUGCCCAACAUCUUCUUCCAUCCGAAACUAAUUUACACUAAUUUUUAUAUUUUCUUAGUACUAGAAAUGUUGUAAAAUUUGUAUUUGGUGUUGCAUAUAGUAGUUUGUGAUAGUCGUUACCGGUCCUUGCAUUAUAAAAUUCGAAAGAUUUUCAUUAGUCUUAUAACUGCCAAAAAUUUCAAAGAUAAAAACUUUGUUUAUAGUAACGUUAUGUCAAAUAUUUAUAUAAUAAAAAAGUUCCUCUUGUUCAACAUUUGAGGUACAGCUUCUCGUACUAUACUAUAUUUAAGAAUAAGACAUAAGAUUCAGUAACCCACAUGUUAUUGUAUAUCUUGCUAUUACCACAUUAUCAACUUAGGUGGAUUCUACCACCUUUAGGGCCGAUUCUCACUAUAAUGCUGUUCACAGUUCACAAUCUGACUCAGUUCAAGAUUCAGUCUUGAAUUGUCGAUAAUCAAAGUCGGAUGAAUUUGGCUCGUAGAUAAUUAAUUAGAAAAUUAUUGUAAUAUUUGCAGUGAAAAACUGUCAUUAACCUUUUCGUUUGAAGAAUUAGCGACUAUAGUUCUUCUUUUUGGUGAAGAAGAUAAUAUUAUCAAGACAAAAAGAAAAUAUAAAGCAAUGAGAAGAAUGUGGGUGCAUCCAAGUUUAUUACAACGAAAAAAAAAGAAGAAGAGUAUUACACUUUCUAUCUCCAUUUAAUUAAUGAUGAAGAAAAAUUCUUACAGUACUGUCGAAUGGAUUGAACUACGUUUGAAAUGAUUUUGAAGAAAAUCACAGUAAAAAUAGAAAAAAAAAUAAAAUUUUUGCAUUUCAUGUACUGAUCGCCUCAGCGGGUAAUAGCUGACUGAACCUGAAACAAAAGAAUAUUCACACUAUGGGUAGUACAUGGCGUGAUAAGUUCGAUCUCGCUCAAACAAAAUUUCUUCGAACCUGAUCGUGAUUGGACUAGGAUUCGAGCGAAACUUGACUGUUCCGAAUGCACACAUAUAUUUUUUACUUCAUAAUAUUUUUAUCAAACCGAGAUUGGGCCGAGAACGAACUAGGAACGGCUUUAUAGUGAGUAUUGGCCCUUAUUUUUCACUUUAUUUCGCUGGGAUGUUUAGUUUAGUCAAAAUUUAAUAAACUUUGUUUAUUUGUUCUUAUAUAGUAGUUGCAUCACCAAUGAACUAAUAGUACUCUAGUAUUUAACAAUAUAAAAUAAUCGUUUAAAGGUUUUUUUGAAAUGGAAAAAGUUGUUUGUUUUACGACUCUUAUUAUUUAGAGAAUAAUAAUUUUUUUAAUGUACCUACAUUUCGUUAUCAAAGUUUUUAAAUCAUAUAAACGAAUACACGCUUAAUCACUAAUUGGAAUUUCUUAUUCAAAUAUUGAAUUCGAUUAUUCAUUGACGUUAUAUUCCCGAAUAACAAAGCAAUAUAUUGGGAAACACAAUAAAAAUCAUUUUGGAGAAUAUAUUAUGUGAGAGUUUCCACAAAUUUGUCGUUUCGAAUUAUACAGUAUAUGAUAGAAAAUAACACUUAUUCAUGUCUAGUCUAGUUAAACUUAAAAAAAAAUAAGAGCUUAUAAAAUGUCUUUUAAAUUAUCUAAUAGGCACUCAAAAUUACAUAAACUCUUACGUAUAUAAAUCGAAACCAAUUCAAAUUGUUUUUUCGAUUCAUCGUUAUUAUAAUCAUAAAAACAUUUUACUCAUUUACAACUAAAAUAUCUAAUAAAAAUUAUUUAAGAUCCAAUUUCAGAGGAGAAACACAAAACUCAAUAGAAACCGGUGAAAAAUAUAUUAGAUGAUUCAACCAACAAUUGGAAAUAAUAUUUUCAACAAUAGUAAAAUAAUAAUAAAAAUUAUAGGCAGCCAUUAACUUCAAAAGGAAAGAUGACCAAAAUAUUUAAUAUAUCUACAUCGAUAAGCGAAAAAUUAUUACAUAUACUAUAUAUAUAGUGAUUAGCAGUGGCGGCCUUAGGAGGUGGCGAACAGGGCAAUCGUCCAGGUCCUCGCACAACAACCCAAGCAAAAUUUAAAAAAUAAAAAAUUUUAUAACUAUUUUUUUAUAUAUAUUGAGAGACAGUUCAAAGAAGUCAGAAGACCACGUAAAAAAAGGCAUUUUGUUAUGAAGGGGGAGAUGAAGCUCAUGAAUUGAAAGCGGAAGGAAUUUUCAAAAUAAACUAUUUUUAUGUCAUUGUCGACAAUGUGUGCGCAAGCUGUUAUCCUAGGUUUGAGACUCUUCAAUAUCAUGAAAGCAUAUUUGGUUUCAUGUAUAAUAUAAAAAAAAAUAAAGGAAAUUAAUUAUAGUGAACUUUUAAAGCAAUGCAGUGACUUACAAAUAUCUAUGACAGUAGGAGAAUUAUGUGAUUGAUGGGACAUGAAUUGUACGAAGAAUUGAAUAUGUUCAUCCGUGUGUAUAAAGGAAGCGAUGACAUUACCUCGGUGCUAAAAUACAUAAUAGAAAAAAAAAUUAACUGAAGUUUACCCCACUACGAAAUAGUCCUGAGAAUUAUUGCUCCACACCUGUUACAAUUGCGUCUGUUGAAAGGAUUUUUUUUUGAGGAAUUCGAUGACACAAGAUCGGUGUUCAGCCUUUGCUAUUCUUUCAAUCGAAAAUGAUGUAGCUUAUUCCUUAGAUUAUUGUACUUUAAUUAAAGAUUUUAGUCUUAGGAAAAGCAGCAAACAUCAAUUUUGAAAUUUAUCAUCUCUGUAUUUGUUAAUUUUAUAAAUCUUUCAAUGUAAAAUAUUUUAAAAUUCAAAUUUGAUUUAUUUGUAUAAUUUUAGCAUUUCUCCUUAAACAUGACAACCUACUUUCGGAUCACAUAAUGAAAGACAAAGGCCCUCGUAAACACCUGCUCCAGGCGGCCUCGCAAUGGGUAAGGCCGCCUCUAGUUAUUAGAAAAAAAAACAUCAAUAUAUAACUAUAUAACUUGAAGUAUUUGAGGAUGAAGUGAAUCUGAAUUAAACCAUUUAUAGACUAAGGCCCAUUUCGCACCAAGCCAGUCUAGUCCAUUCGCGUCCAGUCAAGUCGGACGCUUUUGAAUUAAAACAAAGAGAAUGUAUAAAUCUGGUUUCACACUAAGCGCGUCCCGUCAAGUCCCGCAAAAGCGUCCGACUUGACUGGACGCGAAUGGACUAGACUGGCUUGGUGCGAAAUGGGCUUAAGAGCCAGUGCCAGCCAGACAUACGUUAAAGUAUAAAAGGUGGAAAUUUUUUUGCGUAUUCUCACUGUUGUAGGGAACGAUGUUUCGAGGUUACAAAUUAUAUACUUUAACAUAUGUCUGGCAGGCACUGGCUCUUAGUCUAUUAUUAAUAGUAUGUUCUAUAUGAUGCAAUUAAAAUACGAAAAGGAAACUGUAAACAGAUAUGCAAAAAAAUUACGGUAUAUAAAUAUAAAAACACAUACUGUAAAAAGAAAACUAUGCACAUAUCACCUAUCAUCCAUUAUCAAUAAUAUAUGAUUAGUUAAUUCUGAAAGUAUUUUAAUAAAGGAAAAAUAAUAGACAGAAUCAAGGAGAUACCGAGUAAAAAACGCAGCUUGAUAGAAUGAGAAAAGAAUAAAAAACAGGACAGGAAAUGUUUGAAAAGGAAGAUAUGUAUUAGUGAACUGGUUAAAAUAUUGUAUAAAACAUUUUAGUCAACUUCUUAAUAAUGUUUUCAUUGAGAACGUAUUUUAUGAAUCGUAAAAACAAUUUUAAAUUAGUUUACGAUUGUUGAACAAACAGGAACACUUUCGGAUUAUUCGUUUCAGUUACUUUUACAGAUAAUUUACUAAUUUAAUUCAAUCGAAUAUUUUCUUUUAGGUGGUAAUUUAACAAAACGUUUAUCGCGUACCAUUUAAAUCUAAGAAUUUUGAGCAAUAUUAACUUAAUAAAUAAUAAAUAUUUACUGUAUUAAAUGUCAAAUUAUGAGUGAUAGAAUUAUAUUUAGUAAGUCAUAAUAACAUUUUUUUUCUGCAGAAAUGUGUAGAUUCUGAGUGAGAAACUUAUCUAUACCUACAUACUGAAAUGGAAACUUUCUUCAGAAACUAUGACUUUCAAUAUUUUUAUUAUGUAUUUGCACAUUUCUAUGGAAGCACGAAUGUUGUAUAGAUUUUUAUCUCAUGUGAUGUAAGCAAGAACUCAUUAUUAAAAAAUCAGUAUAUCGUGAUUGAGGAGCUCUACACACUACAUAUCUAGAGAACAAAAAUUGGCAUAAUCAUAAAAUAAAAAAGAUUAUAUUUCAUGAGGCUAAUUUCCGCUACUAACAUUUGCAAAAAUCGAUUAUAUUUAUCGUGGUUAACCUAAUCACAUUUUGAUAUUUGCGGACAAAUAUCGUGAUUAUUGUUUCGUCCCGACUUUCAUUUUUUGCUUAACGGCGUUGAUCGAUCGAUUUAACACAACCUUGUUUGCUGACAAUUACGUCUUCGAUCGCAAUGUCCAGAUCCAUUCUCCUCUCCACCUGACUUACGGUUCUUUUCACUUAAGCCUAUAGUGAGAAAUUCAUCUUUCAUUUAUCAUUAUAUAAAUAUAUCGAAGCUUACUCCUCAUCGACCCACGGAUUAUGUAAGAAUCGGAUCCAGUACAAUUGUAUUUACUUCCGUGAUAUGUGACCACUGAUAUACUGAUUAUGUUGAGUCUUGUUGUAUAAGAUUGUGUGGCAACUUCGUAUUUCUAUUUUUCUAGACACGUUUUUUGCCAAUUGUAAUAAAGGGCGGCUCAACAUUCUAUAUAUCUCUCGAAAUAAUAAUAAAAAUGACGUAGGUACAACUUUAUGUAUGUGUAUUUGUGUGUAUGUGUGUGUGUGCAUAUAAACAAAACUAAAUACAAUAGCCAAAAAUGAUCAGUUAAGUUCUGAUCCAUUAAAUAUUAUUCAUAAAACACUUUGCAUUAGUAGAAUUUCAACUUUAAAAGGUCGUUUUUACCUACACAAUCGAAAUUAGAGAGAUACAAGUCUCUGAAUAGUUUAGAACAAAGAGUGAUAGAACUUCUGUAAAAAAAAAGUUUCUCAUAACUUUGUUUUGUUUGAAAUAUAUAAAUGUAUAGUAGUUAAUAUAGAUGAUAUAAAGAAAUUUUUCAAACAAUUUUCGAAGAACACUCUAAUUCAUAUAAAAUAAAUUUAUAAGUUUUCUAUAUUUCUAUUUACCUAUAAAAUAUUUUCCUUCUAUAUUAUCUAUACGUUGAACCACAUUACCAUAAAAUUUUAUAGAUACUGUCUAGGGCGGAUCCAGGGUCUUGAUAAAGGGGGGGUCACUAGUAUUAGGACGAGUCAUCUCCCAAAGGUAUUUUAAGCCUUUUACCCACAAAAUAUAACUACUCGAGACUAGGAUCUCGAAUGCCGAGGAGCCACUAAGUCCCGUAGAGUGAAUCGAAAUUCGAUCCUUUUGAAUCGUUCGUUUUAAAUGAACGAUUCCAAAAGAACUGCGACUCUUCUUGCUUUCCCUCACUAGUUCAAAUUUCUCGUCUGUCCCGAAAUCUGACCGACUCUUCGAGUGAGUCGAUUCUUAAAUUUACUAGUUUACAUUUCAUUUUUUCAACUAGACCAACUCUUAAGUCGUUUACCCAUAGAGCCCUAGACCGAUUACCGAUUAGUUUGAUUUGAUUCAUAUUAAUUAGUUUCAAGUCAGAUUCCUCUACUUCUUAGUCUUGAAUUUCCUGAGCAUUUUAUUUUUAUUUUAUUGGGUAUUGUUUUGAUAUUCGAAAUAUUUGGGGGUAUUGGCUCCCUUUAUCCACGAUGUAAAAUAAUUCGUACUUUUACAUAUUCCUAUUUGCGCCCUUUUAUAAGAAACACAAAUACCAAGUUAAUUAAUCAGGGUUUUAGGGGGUGGGGUUCAUGACCCCCCUUGGAUCCGCGCUUGGAUACUGCAUUGAACUGAUUUAUGUACAAAGCGAUUCAUUAGGGGUGGUGACCAGCCAUAUCUCGGUACAAAAUUGUGUUGAUAUAUUCAAUUGAAUCGGCAUAACUUUUCUGAAAACUUACAGAGUGAACCAUUAUUCAAUAAAACUGAUUUAAAUUGCGAAUAUCUAAUUAAGUAGUAGGUACUAUUUUUUUUGUAAGUUGAUGUUUUUUUGGGGGCCCGUUACCAGUACUAAUGAAUCACUCUUUAUCGUGUCCAAUUUUACUAAUAAAAUUAUUAUUUUUAUUAAUCGUUGAAUUGUAGACAAUCUUAAAUUAGUUUAUUAUUUUUAUAAAAGAAACCAAAAAAAAAAGUGGUAUGUGAGCAAAAUUUCAAUAUUUAGUAACUUUAAGUAGUUUCAGAAUGUUUAAUUUUCAGCUAAAACAGAAUAUACUAACCAAUUCAAUCCUGAUUUCUGAUUUUGUUGAAAAUAAAACGUGAUCUGACUAUUUUUUAUCUCUCAUUGUGAUUUCAGACCUGUUAAUUAUUGUUAUUAAUAAGAUAUAGCUUUAUUAAUACUUAUAUGUAUAUUACACAAAUCAAAUUACCAGAGUAUUUAUAAUAUGUAUCUAUUUUUAUUUGUUUCGUCUAUUUGCUAUAUAUGUAUAUCUAUUGUUAAUAAUUUUGUUAUCCAAAGGAAUUAAAUUUAUUAUCUACAAGAGUUUUAAAAAUAGGAAAUAUUUCUAAUAAAAUAUAGGAAUUUCACGUCCAGUUAAAAGAUGUAGGAAUAAUUAGUAGGUAGGUAUAACAACUGUUCAAAAUUAUUUUAAAAAAUAUAUUCUGAAUUCUUAGAUUUGUGAUGCAAGAUAAAAAAAAAACGAAUAAAUAAAUGUUGUUAUUCCUUGUAUUAUUAUGAUAAAUCGGUACUUUAUGAGUAUUUAUUUCCGUAUGUGUAAUUUUGAAAUAGCCCUAACUGCUUGGUAGAAUAAAUCUCGUGAAGGACGCUAUAUUAGUGUUCUUAUAGUUAGUUAAAAUUUCUAACAACUCAAAUGUUGUCAAGUUCAUCAAGUUCAUACAUUAACCGGUCUAUAAUAUACUAGGAAAUACCAUAAUCGAAUUGAUCGCAAAUUUAAGAAUACUCAGUAGAUAUACUAUAUUAAGAGAGAACAUUUGACUUGACAGAAUUUUUCAAUGUCUUAUGCUAAACACGAUACAGACCCAGUGUCUCAUCUUGGUAUAUUGUAUCUAUAAUAUCGAAACACGAAAUGAUAUAGAAAAUCAGAUAUAAGAUUUUGCCACUCUUUUUAAACAUGGACGGUCAUCUUUAACUUAAGUUUCGUGCAGCUGCGCAGGUGUAGGGGUAAAAUAGUGCACUAGUGAUCUCGACUAGCCUUAAAGGUACCUUAAAAUAUUGAAUUCUAUUUAUUUAUAUUGAUGUGUCACUAAAGUAGCUAGUGCCCAGGUCGCGCCAUUAUAACUCUCUAUUAAAAUAUCUAUGUUAUUCAUAUGAGUUUAAUAAAUAAAUUGUUUAUAUUUUUAUAUAGGUUUUAUUUUAUGUAGUUCUGUAAGAAAAUUGAAGUGAUACAUAGAAUCAAAAGUGGAUCUUAUUACGAAUAUAACAAACGUAAUAUUAACUUUAUCUUCAAACGUGGUUAUUAGUAUUAUUAGUAGAGAAAUGUGCACUAUAACGUUUCUCAAAUUUCAUAUUUCACCCUUCUUCUUCAUUAUUAAACGUUCCACAAUUUCAAAUCCACUUGCAAGCUCUUUUGACAUGUAUUUUUAACUCUCUUAUUCAGGUACUCACGUAAUUAACCACUGUAUUGUUAAUUUUAAAAAUAUAAACAUGGGAUGUCAGAAGUGCACUGUUCAUAAUAUGUGCCAAACUAGAAUGUACUUUUUCGUCCCAUGUUUACUUACACGUUAUUGAAUUUCUAUUGUAUGUUAAACUUCAUUAUGAAUGGCGCAAUCUGAGUUUAAUUAUUGACAAUGUGUUCAUCGGACAUACAUGAAAUAAAAUAUUAAA